UCACCUGCACUUUCUGGAUCACAAUUCUGAAUUUCACUCGAAGCCUAGCACCACAAGGACACUAUUGUCCUUCCACCCAAAAAAAAUAAAAGGACACUAUUGUCUCUUUCUUCUCCCUAAAUUCACCAAAAAUCUCCUCUCCUUUCUCCAAUUCUGUGUGCAAACCCGAAAAGGAGCAAACAGUAAUUUGAGCACUGUAUUAUCUCUUAGCUCCUGAUAUCAAAUCAAUCCUCGAAAAUUCCUUCCAGAUCCUCCUCCAAUGGCGACCCUCUCUGCCUUCGCACCACCCUCGUGGCCUGACCCCAACUCCAACGCCACUUUCCACUCCGAACCCAUCGACGACACCUCGAGCGUCGCCGAUUCGUCGAUGUCAGCCGACGACAACGCCCCCCAAUCACCCCCGGACCCUAACCCUAAUGUCCACAGCAACCCCUUCUCCGUACCCCAAGAGCUGCCAACCCCUCCUGCGUCACGCUCGCCUCCGUCGCUGUUCCACCUGUCCUUCAACCAGGACCACGCCUGCUUCGCCGCGGGUACGGACCACGGCUUCCGGAUCUACAACUGUGAUCCGUUCCGCGAGCUCUUUCGCCGGGACUUCGACAACGGCGGCGGAAUCGGCGUCGUUGAGAUGCUCUUCCGCUGCAACAUCCUGGCCAUAGUCGGUGGUGGGCCGGACCCUCAGUACCCCACCAACAAAGUCAUGAUCUGGGACGACCACCAGGGCCGGUGCAUCGGAGAGCUCUCCUUUCGCUCCGUUGUCCGGUCCGUACGGCUCCGCAGGGACCGAAUCGUCGUCGUUUUGGAGCAGAAGAUUUUCGUGUACAACUUCGCCGACCUGAAGCUACUGCACCAGAUUGAGACGAUCGCGAACCCCAAGGGGCUCUGCGCUGUGUCGCAAGUGGCCGGGUCACUGGUGCUGGUGUGCCCUGGCUUGCAGAAAGGGCAGGUCAGGGUUGAGCAUUACGGGUCCAAGAGGACCAAGUUCAUCAUGGCUCACGAUUCCAGGCUUGCAUGCUUUGCUCUCACACCCGAUGGCCAGUUGCUCGCCACCUCCAGCAACAAAGGGACUCUUGUUCGGAUUUUUAAUACGCUUGAUGGAACUUUGCUUCAAGAGGUAAGGAGGGGUGCGGACAGAGCAGAAAUCUAUAGUUUGGCAUUCUCUUCAACUGCCCAGUGGCUUGCAGUCUCUAGUGACAAGGGAACUGUCCAUGUUUUCAACCUUAAGGUGAAUUCUGGGUCCUCUGGAAAUGAGAAUUCACGAACUGCAUCUGAUCCUAAUCUUGCUGUUUCAUCAUCAAACUCCUCUCUUUCUUUCAUCAGAGGUGUGUUGCCUAAGUAUUUUAGCUCAGAGUGGUCUGUUGCUCAGUUUCGCUUGCUUGAGGGCUCUCAAUACAUUGUUGCUUUUGGUCACCAGAAGAAUACAGUGGUAAUUCUUGGCAUGGAUGGAAGCUUCUAUCGAUGUGAAUUUGACCCGGUGAAUGGAGGAGAGAUGACCCAGCUGGAAUAUCACAACUUUCUAAAGCCAGAAGAAGCCUUUUGAAGUGAUUUAUAUAUUGUACUAUCCUAUCCUAUCCUACCUACAGUGUUCUAAGUACUGUUUGGUCUUCUGCUUUGUUUUUCUCCCCAGUUUUAGCAUAUGGGUAAAUUAUGUUGUAAAUACAUGAGCA